CAUGGAUUUCCUGUAUUUUUCAUUACUUGUUUUAUCUUUGAUAGUGUUCCUCCCAUUCUCAUCUUCAACAUAUCGAAAACUGAGUGGAGGAUCAUCUCUUUCCGUGGAGAAUCCCGGUGAUGUUUUAAUAUCACCAAAUAGCACUUUCUCUGCUGGCUUUUAUCCCGUUGGCAACUACGCUUAUGCUUUUGCUAUAUGGUUCAGUAAACCCUCUUGCCUUGUACUUCAACAUUGCACUGUUGUUUGGAUGGCAAACCGUGACCACCCAGUCAAUGGCCAGCGUUCGAAGCUCUUGCUUUUGCGAACCGGAAAUCUUAUCCUCACAGAUGCUGGUCAGUUCAACGUUUGGGCCACGGACACUUCUUCGUUGCCUUCAGUGCAGUUGCAGCUCAAUGAAUAUGGUAAUCUUGUCUUGAGCAAUUCCGAAGGUAUCACUUUAUGGCAGAGCUUUGAUUCUCCUACAGAUACCCUUCUUCCUCUACAACCACUCACCAGACAUACGACCCUUGUAUCUGCAAGAAGAAAUGGCAACUAUUCCACUGGUUUCUAUAAGUUCUUUUUCGACGAUGAUAAUGUUCUUCGUCUCCUUUUUGAUGGUCCCGAGAUUUCAAGCGUUUAUUGGCCUAAUGUGUGGCUUUUAAGCUCGCAAGCUGGGCGGUCAGCAUACAACAGUAGGAGGAAUGCGAUGAUCGAUUCCUUCGGCAAUUUUACUUCGAGCGAUGAUUUAAGUUUUUUGUCUGCUGAUUACGGUGCAAAUUGGAUCCAGAGAAGGUUGACCAUUGAUUAUGAUGGAAAUCUUCGAUUGUACAGCAGAGAAGAAGGGAAACAAACGUGGGUUGUUUCAUGGCAAGCUAUCAGCCAGCCAUGCAGGGCUCAUGGCCUUUGUGGGGAAAAUAGUCUUUGUAGAUAUGGUCCCAGUACCGGGAGGAAAUGCUCGUGCGUUCAAGGAUACAAGACGAAGAAUGAAACUGAUUGGUCUUAUGGUUGUGAACCAGAAUUCGACGUUUCCCUCAAUGCUAGACAUGAAUAUACAUUUGUUCAUCUUCGUAAUGCUGAAUUUUACGGAUAUGAUUAUGAGGUUUUCUACAAUAAAACCUUAAAGGAGUGUGAAACUGAAUGCCUGCAAAGGGUCGGUUGUAAAGGGUUUCAAUAUAAAUUCAACGGGAAUGGCGUCUAUGAAUGUUUCCCGAAGGCGCUACUGCGGAAUGGGCACCAACCACCUAACUUCGAUGGAGACGUUUAUAUAAAACUGCCCAAAUCAUAUGUCUCCCUCAAGAAGGAAGAGCUUUCCAAGGAAACCAUCAGUUUAGGGAGUCGGCAAAAUUAUACUAUUAAUCUAGAAAGAAGCUACGUUGAAGGCCAAGAAAAUGGGGUAGUGAAGUUCAUGCUGUGGUUUGCUUGUGCAUUGGGAGGAAUCGAGAUUGUUUCCAUUUUUUUGGUUUGGCUGUUGUUAAGUAGAGCUCAGCAAGAGGAGAAUGUAGCUAAAGAAGGAUACCUUCUGGCGGCAACUGGAUUCAAGAGAAUGACAUUUGAUGAGCUGAAAAAGGCAACGAAAAACUUCAGUCAAGAAAUAGGAAGAGGAGGGGCAGGUAUUGUGUACAAAGGAGUGCUAAGUGAUGGUAGAGUUGUGGCAGUGAAGCGAUUGAAUGAAGCAAAUCAAGGAGAAGCUGAGUUCCUAGCAGAAGUGAACACCAUCGGGAAGCUUAACCACAUGAACUUGAUCGAAAUGUGGGGAUUUUGCGCAGAGAAAAAGCACAGGCUCUUAGUUUACGAGUAUAUGGAGCAUGGAUCCUUAGCAGAAAUGCUCGAUUCCCAUCAACUUGACUGGGAAAAGAGGUAUGACAUCGCUUUGGGCUGUGCAAAAGGCCUAGCCUACCUACACGAAGAAUGCUUGGAAUGGAUAUUGCAUUGUGAUGUAAAGCCCCAAAAUAUACUGCUCGACUCUGGGUACCGACCAAAGGUGUCGGAUUUUGGCCUGUCGGUGCUACUAGAUAGAAGUAAGCUUUCCAACCGUAGCUUCCCAAAGAUACGGGGAACCAGGGGUUACAUGGCUCCUGAGUGGGUUUUCAAUCGGCCCAUUACAUCUAAAGUCGAUGUUUACAGCUACGGCAUUGUUAUGCUGGAAAUGGUGAGCGGAAAGAACCCCAGGAAAGGGAUAGAGUUAAUAGAGGGUGGCAAAGGGGAGAUGGAUUUGGUAACGUGGGUGAAGGAAAAGAAGGAAGGAGCGGAGUCGAAAGAAACCUGGGUGGAAGAAAUAAUAGACCGCACAUUAGAAGGCAAUUAUGACAAAAAGAAGAUGGAGAUACUGGUUGCAGUGGCUCUUGAUUGCGUCCAGGAAGACAGAGAUGCAAGGCCCACCAUGACUCAAGUUGUUGAGAGGCUUCUUCGUCCCACUGACUAACCGAAAUACUUUUUAUAUCCAUCCACCAUUAGCAGCUUUCUUUUUAUGGGCUCGAUUUAUCUGCAGACUGUCAAAUUCUUUUAACUCCUACGAACUAAUCAGUAAUGCUUUACAAUAUUUUUUUCCUUGAAAAGAAAAGGAAAGAAACAGAAGGAAAGAAUUUGUACUGUUACUAAAACCUUCGUUGAUAGAAGGGUAUGGUUAGUGAACAUUGUGUUUGCAGAGGAUGGAGGUGAGAGACAGGCACACCAUUUGCCCACUACACGUUGUUUAACAAUAUCAAAGGUUUUUUUAUCCAUUCCGUUUUAGUCAUUUGGAAAACCAAAAUCUAUAUUAUAUUUAAGAACUGAAAAAACAACCAACA